AUGUCUGCACUGUGUCCACCACCAUCGCCUGCUGUGGCAAAGACAGACAUUGACUUGAAGGAUGAACCACCAGUUCUAGCUGCAACAUUUGCUUACUGGGACAAUAUUCUUGGGCCAAGGGUCAGACAUAUUUGGGCCCCCAAAAGCAAACAGGUACUGCUCAGUGAUGGUGAAAUCACUUUUCUAGCCAAUCACACCUUGAAUGGAGAAAUCCUUCGCAAUGCAGAGAGUGGCGCUAUAGAUGUAAAGUUUUUUGUACUAGCAGAGAAAGGGGUGAUAAUAGUGUCUUUAAUUUUUGAUGGUAACUGGAAUGGUGAUAAGAGUACUUAUGGUUUAUCCAUAAUCCUGCCUCAGAGUGAAUUGGAUUUUUACCUUCCCCUGCAUCGAGUGUGUGUCGAUAGGCUGACAUACAGCAUAAGGAAAGGGAGGAUAUGGAUGCAUAAGGGUCUGAGCAUCAUCUCAAUGCUGACAGCAGAAAUUAUCCCCAUAAUGGAGCUCCUGUCAUCGAUGAAAACACAUAGUGUUCCAGAAGAAAUUGAUAUUCAAGAUACUGUGCUGAAUGACGAUGACAUUGGUGAUAGCUGUCCAGCAGAGUUUCUUCAUAAAGCCAUCAGUUCGCACCUGCAGACAUGUGGCUGCUCAGUUGUUGUGGGAAGCAAUGCAGAAAAAGUUAACAAGAUUGUACGGACACUGUGCCUAUUCUUGACUCCUGCAGAAAGAAAGUGUUCUAGGUUUUGCAGAAAUGAAUCUUCUUUUAAAUACGAUUCUGGUCUUUUUGUUCAGGGUCUUCUGAGGGGUGCAACGGGAAGUUUUGUGCUCUCCUUUCGCCAAGUGAUGUAUGCCCCCUACCCUACCACACACAUUGAUGUUGAUGUCAAUUCUGUGAAACAAAUGCCAGCUUGUCAUGAACACAUAUACAACCAACGUCGGUAUAUGAGAUCAGAACUGACAACAUUAUGGCGAGCCAACUCUGAUGAGGAUAUGGCUCCUGACACUAUUAUCUAUGUGGAUGAGAGCUUCACUCCAGAUCUAAAUGUGUUCCAGGAUGUCAUGCAGAAAGAUGAGUUAGUAAAGUCAUUUCUGGAUCAGAUUUUUCUGCUGAAAACUGGUUUGUCUCUAAGAAACACCUUUCUUGCACAGUUUUUGCUAAUCCUUCACAGAAAAGCCCUCACGCUGAUCAAGUACAUUGAAGAUGAUACGCAAAAGGGGAAAAGACCAUUAAAAUCACUUCGCAGUUUAAAAACAGAUCUGGACUUGACAGCAGAGGGCGAUCUCAGCAUAAUAAUGGCUUUAGCUGAAAAACUAAAACCAGGACUGCACUCCUUUAUAUUUGGAAGGUCUUUCUAUACCAGCGUACAAGAAAGAGAUGUGCUAAUGGUAUUUUAAAGCUUCAGAAAUCAGCUAAUUUCAGUUUUUUAGACAUUAAAAUGCCCUUUAUUUUUGAUUGAAGACAUGCAUUUUAAUGUAUAUAAAAGGUUAUAACAGAAAUAGUGUGGCACUUCAUCUGUUUGUGAAAAAAAAAAAGAAAUGUCUUGAGCUUCUGUGUAUGUUUUUAAUGAAAGCUUUCUGAAAUAAGCUUUCUGAAAUUCAUCCUUGUAUGUUUCACUGUUAUCAAAAAGUUCAUAUGGUUAUGUGCACUUUACUGAAGUAGUUUAUAUUGUUUAAAGUUGUUUCAUUGCUUACUGUCAAAUUAUAUGCUGUACAUCAGUUUAUAUUUUUAUUUUAUAGUUUGUUACUAAUUACUGCUGGAUCACCAACAUAAAAUAAUAAAACGAAAACCUUA